CUAUUCAUACCGCUCGUGGAUUUGUGUUUUACUUUUUUCUUUCCAUUGUUUUCGAGUUCAUGCUUUGUCUUGUGAAAAAAAAAAAAAAAAAUACAAUUCCUUCAUCCAUAAUUAGUUAUUGUGUUAGAAGAAUAACUUUAUAAAGUGAAGAGUAAUUUUGUUUUGUUUUUUUUUUUCUUUUAGCAAAAUAUUAAAAGUGAAAUUUAACAAAAAAUAAAAAUGGUUAAUUGUGGCGAGGAAAAAAUGAGUUUUAAUCCAUGCAAUCAAGCACCAAUGGAUCCUGGUGAAGAAAUUGUGAUUUCUGGAAUUGCUGGAAGGUUUCCAGACUCUGAUAACAUGAAAAUUUUUCAAGAAAAUUUAAUGAAUAAAGUUGAUUUAGUUAGCAAUGAUGAUCGACGCUGGAAACUUGAUCACCCUGAGAUUCCUCAACGUACUGGAAAAAUUAAUAACGUCGGAAAAUUCGAUGCACUAUUUUUUGGAGUGCAUUUCAAGCAGGCACAUACGAUGGAUCCAAUGUGUAGAAUGCUGAUGGAACAUGCAUAUGAAGCAAUUAUUGAUGCUGGAGUCAAUCCUCGUCAGCUGAGAGGAAGUAGAACUGGAGUGUUUAUUGGAGCAUGUUUUUCAGAGUCUGAAAAAACUUGGUUUUAUGAAAAACUUCAGGUAAAUGGAUUUGGUAUCACUGGAUGCAGCAGAGCUAUGUUAGCAAAUAGACUAUCCUACUGGCUUGGAAUAACUGGUCCAAGUUACACAGUAGACUCAGCUUGUAGUUCAAGUCUUUUUGCCAUUGAGCAUGCAUACAGAGCCAUACGAAAUGGUCAAUGUGAUGCAGCAUUAGUUGGUGGAGCCAAUCUUUGUCUUCAUCCUUACGUUUCACUACAAUUUUCACGUUUAGGUGUCUUGGCUCCUGAUGGUAGAUGUAAAUCUUUUGAUGCUGAUGCUAAUGGAUAUGCUCGCAGUGAAACAGUUAGUGUGGCCUAUCUACAAAAAUCCAAAGAUGCAAAACGUAUUUAUGCAACAGUUAUUCAUGGAAAAACAAAUUGCGAUGGAUUUAAAGAUCAAGGAAUUACAUUUCCUUCAAGUGUAAUGCAAAGCGCACUUCUUCGAGAAUUUUAUGACGAAUGUCGAGUCUCUCCUGAGUCAGUUGAAUAUCUUGAAGCGCAUGGAACUGGAACAAAAGUUGGUGAUCCUGAAGAGGUGAAUGCAAUUGAUUCUGUUUUUUGUCCUAAACGGAAAGAACCUCUUAAAAUUGGUUCAAUUAAAUCAAAUCUAGGCCAUGCAGAACCAGCAAGUGGUAUGUGCUCAAUUGCAAAAGUUGUCAUUGCCAAUGAAUCAGGAAAAAUUCCACCAAAUUUAAAUUAUAAAAAACCAAGAGAUGGUGUUAAGGCUCUUGAAGAAGGUCGUAUACGUGUUAUAACUGAACCAGAGCCAUGGGAUGGUGGUUAUGUUGGAGUCAGUUCAUUUGGAUUUGGUGGUGCAAAUGCUCACAUUUUGCUCAAGUCAAAUGAUAAAGAAAAAAUUAAUGGUGGAGCACCAAAAGAUAAUCUACCAAGGCUAGUUGUUGUUUCUGGAAGAAUUGAGGAUGCAGUUGCAAGUCUCCUAACAGAUGUUGAAAGCCGACCAGUAGAUGUUGAAUACAUCAAACUUUUGCAUGACAUUCAUGCCCAAGGGACUUCAGGUCAUUUGUAUCGUGGUUAUACAAUUUUAAAUACCACUGAUCCUGAAAAAAGAAUUAAAAAAAUUGAACAUUAUCCUGGGGCAAAAAGACCUAUUUGGUUUGUCUUCUCGGGUAUGGGAUCACAAUGGCCAGCGAUGGGUGCUGCUCUCCUACGCUUUCCAGUCUUUGCUGAAGCUAUUCGCAAAUGCGAUGCUGUCCUCAGACCAAAAAAUAUUGAUAUUUACAAUAUUUUAACGAAUCCUGACAAAUCAACAUUCGACAAUAUUCUUAAUUCUUUUGUUGGAAUCGCUGCAGUACAGAUUGGCAUCGUUGAUAUGUUAAAUUUGCUGGAAAUUGUACCAGAUAAAAUUAUUGGUCAUUCAGUGGGUGAACUGGGUUGUGCAUAUGCAGAUGGCUGUUUUACAGCUGAGCAAAUGGUUUUAGCUGCAUACUCAAGAGGACUUGCUUCAAUUGAAACAGAUACUAUUCAUGGAUCAAUGGCAGCUGUUGGAUUAGGUUACCAUGAAGUCAAAGAUCUUUGUCCUCCGGACAUUGAAGUUGCAUGUCACAAUAGUCCAGAAAGCUCGACAAUUUCAGGUCCAGCUGAUUCAAUGAAAGCCUUUGUUGCCAAACUCACUGCUCAGAAAAUAUUUGCAAGAGAGGUUCCAUGCAGUAAUAUUGCUUAUCACAGUCGCUACAUUGCUGAAGCUGGUCCAAGAUUAUUACGAUAUCUUAAGCAAGUUAUUCCAGAACCCAAAGCUCGUAGUCCUAAAUGGCUUAGUACUUCUGUACCAAGAAAUCAAUGGUCAACUUCAGCUGCUCGAUUAUCCUCUGCAGAAUAUCAUACAAAUAAUCUUUUAAGUGCUGUAUUAUUUGAAGAAACAUCCACCUUGAUUCCUAAGGAUGCAGUUACCAUUGAAAUUGCACCUCAUGGUCUUCUUCAAGCAAUUUUACGAAGAUCACUUGAUCCAGGUGUUACAAAUAUUGCUUUGACACAAAGAGGUCAUGUAGAUAAUGUUGAAGUAUUUCUAGAAGGCAUUGGAAAAUUAUAUAAUACUGGCCAUCAGCCUCAAAUUGCAAAAUUAUAUCCUGAAGUCUCAUUCCCAGUUUCACGUGGAACACCAAUGAUUUCACCACUUAUUAAAUGGGAACAUUCUGAUGACUGGUAUGUAACAUCUUACAGAAUGCAAGAAAAAAUUACUUCUGGAGAAAGAAUAGUAGAAGUUACUUUGGGAGAUGAAGACUUUGAAUAUAUGGCAGGUCACGUUAUCGAUGGUAGAAAUUUACUGCCUGCUACUGGUUAUUUAGCUUUAAUUUGGGAAACCGUGGGAAUGAUGAAAGGAGAACUUUAUACAGAAGUCUCAAUUGUCUUUGAAGAUAUUAAAUUUUUAAGAGCAACCACUUUACCCAAAGAAGGCAUUGUUGAAAUUACACUCAUGAUUCAAAAAGGAACUGGUAGGUUUGAAGUAGUAGAAAGUGGAGCAGCAGUUGUUACAGGCUACGUUCGUCAUUCCUCAAAAUUGUCUGUGGAAAAAAUGGGAGCAGUGUCUGUAGCUGAACAGGUUGAAGAAAUGUCGAGUAGAGAUGUUUAUAAAGAACUCAAGCUGCGGGGGUAUCACUACAGUGGCCUCUUCCGCAGUAUUAAAAGCGCAACCACAGAUGGUACUCGAGGAAAAAUUGCAUGGGCUAACAACUGGGUUGCUUUUAUGGACAACAUGUUACAAAUGAAAAUUCUUGGAAUGGACUCACGAGGCUUAUUCGUUCCAACUGGAAUCCAAAAGCUAGUUAUCGAUACUAAAGUCCAUUUAAAUCAAAUCCGUGCCAUGGCAGAUGAAGAUAAAGUUUUUGAUGUGGUUUGUGAUAAAACCUUGGACUUGAUAAUUUCCGGAGGUGUAGAAAUUCGUGGCCUAAAAGCCAGUGCAAUCGCUCGAAGAAAAAAUUUAGCUGAACCAGUCUUGGAAUCAUACGGAUUUGUUGAACUUCAGGAUGAUCAAGUAAUUCCGUUGCAAGAUGCUGUUUGUUUAGCAACACAUUUGGCCUUUGAAAAUUUCUUAGGUGUUAAAGUUAAAACGCUAGAAUUUUUGGGUGACCAAGAACUCAUAAAAACCGAAGAUCUUUUAUCUCCUAUUAUCCUCAAAGUUCUUGAAGACAUACCACUGAUUCAAGCGGACGUGGGAAUUGUUGUUGAAAAAAAUAUUUUCGAAGAAAACGCUCUCCCUCAGACAAUCAACGUAAUUGAGUCGAAAAAAUUGUCAUCAGACUCAAAUGCUCUUAUAGUAACUGGUAAAAAUUUACUAAUUUCUAAAAACAGUUUUUUAAUGUCAGAGUUACUUCCAGUAGUAAAAGAUGGUGGGUUUAUACUCACCCUCGAACAAUAUGCUAAUGAUCAAGAAGCUUUGAGACACUCACUUGUUAAAUAUGAUCUCAAUAUUAUUCUUCGUAAAGUCGUGGGAGACUUGACUGUUUUUUUGUUGAGAAAAAAAGAAAAAAUUCCAGAAAAAUCAGUUGUUAUAGAAGUAAGUAAUGAUACUUUUAAAUGGGUGAAUGAUUUGAAAGCUGUCUUGAAAGCAGAGAUUGAAAAAGAAUCUGGAUUAAGUUCAAGAAUUUUACUGGUUAGUGAGAAAAGCUUUGAUAAUGGGCUUUUAGGUUUGGUCAAUUGUCUUCGCAGAGAGCCAGGUGGUGAACUUGUUCGUGGUUUUCUUUUACAAGAUCCAAAUGCUCCUGACUUUGACAUUUCAAAUCCAUUUUAUAGAGAACAAUUGAAUCUUGAUUUAGCAGUCAAUGUUUUACGACCAAAUUUGAGUAAGCCAAGAAAUGCAAAAUCUAUUUGGGGAACUUAUCGACACUCGCAGAUUUUAAAAGGAGCUUUACAAGCAAAACAUCAUGCUUGGGCUAAUGAAUUAGUUCGAGGUGAUUUGAGCAGUUUCAGGUGGAUAGAAGGGCCUAUUUUUAAAAACUCAACUCAUCCAGAUUUGGCAAGAAUAAUUUAUUCUGCUAUUAACUUCCGAGAUAUUAUGCUGGCAACUGGUAAACUAGCAGCAGAAGUCAUUGCAAAAACUCGUCAAGAAGAAGAAUGUGUUUUAGGUUUUGAAUAUUCAGGCAUUGAUAUGAAGAACGAGAGAAUUAUGGGAAUAAUUAAUUCUAAAAGUUUGUCAAAUCAUGCAAUUAUUGAUCGUGACUUGUGCUGGAAAGUUCCAAGGAAUUGGACUUUAGAAGAUGCAGCAACUGUAACAUGUGUCUACGCUACUUGUUAUUACGCACUAUACAUGAGUGGAAACAUGAAGAGAGGAGAUAAAGUUUUGAUUCACGCUGGUUCUGGUGGAGUUGGCCAAGCAGCUAUCACACUUGCUUUACACGAAGGCUGUGAGGUAUUUACAACUGUAGGUACUCCUGAAAAGCGAAAAUUUAUUAGAGAAAAAUUCCCUCAAGUUUCUGAUGAUCAUAUUGGCAAUUCCAGAGAUACUAGUUUCGAGCACAUGAUAAUGACCGUGACUAAUGGCAAAGGAGUUGAUAUUGUUUUAAAUUCUCUUGCUGAAGAAAAAUUGCAAGCUUCAAUUAGAUGUUUAGGAAAUCGUGGACGAUUUUUAGAAAUUGGAAAAUUUGAUAUGGCAAAUGAUACGCCUGUGGGAAUGUCUGCUUUCAUGAAAGAAAUAAGCUUUCAUGGAAUAUUGUUAGAUCAUGUAUUUGAUGGAACUCAAGAAAUGAAAUUACAUUUAAAUAAUUUACUACAAAAUGGUUUAGAUAAAGGCAUUAUCAAGCCACUUACAAGAACUGUAUUUUCAAAGGAUCAAAUUGAGACUGCUUUUCGAUACAUGGGUGCUGGCAAGCAUAUUGGAAAAGUUCUUGUUAAAAUUUCAGAUGAAAAUAAUUUACAAAAUAUUGCAAUACCAGCGCAUCCACACUUUUAUUGUCUGGCAGACAAGAGUUAUCUCAUACUCGGUGGUCUUGGUGGUUUUGGUCUAGAACUUGCUGACUGGCUUGUUCUUCGUGGUGCCAAAUAUAUUGUCCUUACUUCUCGUACUGGUAUUAAAAAUGGAUAUCAAAAAAUGCGAAUAAAAUUGUGGAAAUCAUAUGGUACUAAAGUCUUGGUAAUAACUGGCAAAGAAGCCAAACCGCUUGAUAUUUUAAAACAAACCCGCUUCAAACCAGAUGCUAUUUUUAAUCUUGCUGUUGUGUUGAAAGAUAGCCUGUGGGAAAAUCAAACACCUGAAACAUUUGAAGAAUCAUUCAAGCCAAAAGCUUGGAGUACUAAAAAUUUAGAUGAAUUAUCAAGAAAAAUAUGUCCAUUGCUUCGUCAUUUUGUUGUUUUUUCAUCUGUAUCAUGUGGUCGUGGAAAUGCAGGCCAGACAAACUAUGGAAUGUCAAAUUCAGUCAUGGAAAGAAUUUGUGAGACUAGAGUAUCCGAGGGACUACCUGCAUUGGCAAUACAAUGGGGAGCAGUUGGUGAUGUUGGUUUAGUUGCAGACAUGUUGGAGGAUCACAAAGAACUUGUUAUUGGUGGAACACUUCAACAAGGUAUUCUUUCUUGUCUCAGUGAGCUUGAUGGUUUCUUAGCACAAUCUGAACCAAUCGUUUCAAGUAUGGUUGUGGCAGAAAAGCGUGCUGGUGGUUCAGGUGCUCUAAAUAUUGUAGACACUGUAUUAAACAUCAUGGGACUUAAAGAUUUAAAAACAAUUAGCCAUCACACAUCUCUUGCUGAAAUUGGUAUGGAUUCUAUUAUGGCAGUCGAGAUAAAACAAACUCUAGAAAGAGAAUUCGAAAUAUUCCUUACUGCUCAAGAUAUACGUGGUCUUAACUUUGCCAAAUUAAUAGAAUUAAAUGCUAAAACACUUGAGGCAUCAAAGAAAAAUUCAAAGUUCAAUGAAUCAACUGAAGUAUUAACGGGAAUGAGGCUUCUGUUAAGAUUAAUAGGCAAUGAUAAUAUCCAAAAUGAAGUAUGCUUAAAGCUAGACACCAAAGAAGAAGCUGGACGAGGUGAAGUCUUUUUGGUUCCUGGAAUUGAAGGAUAUGGCUCUGUUUUUUCAAAUCUUGCUGGUAAAAUAAAGUCACCAGCAACAUGUCUACAAUUAGAUAAUGGAAAAAAAACAAAUCAAUCUAUUCAAGAAAUGGCAAAAGAAUUAUUACCGCAUGUGAUAGCAAGGAAUAAAGGACGUCGUAAUUUUGUUGUUGUUGGUUAUUCAUUUGGAUCACUAAUUGCCAUUGAAAUUGUCAGACUACUAGAAGCAGAAGGACUUACUGGAAAACUUAUACUCAUUGAUGGAUCACCUGAUUUAAUGCAUGCAAUUAAAAAUGAACAAAUGACUGCUUCAAAUGAUGAUGAACUUCAAACAAAUGUUCUAGUUGGUAUUAUGGAUAUUAUAAAACCUUCAUACAGUGGUGAGCUUUAUCAAAAUCUCCAAAAAUGCAUUACAUGGGAACAAAAAUUAAAUAUUUUCAUUGAACGUAUUUCAUCUGAGUCUAUACAAAUAACUGAGGAACAGCAACGAAACAUUUGCUUUUCAGUGUACAAUAGAUUGCUCGCUAUUGAAAAUUAUGAUAUUUCUAUAUAUCCUCCUCUUCGAUCAACAAUUAUUCUCCUAAAACCAUCAAUGCCAACAUUAAAAAAUAUUAGUCAAGAUUACGGACUCAGCAAGGUGAGUCACGAAAAAAUAGAGAUUCAUAUUAUCAAUGGAAAUCACGUAACGAUACUUGAUGAUAGCAAAGUUGCAACGGCAAUUAAUGGUGAACCAUUGGAAGAUGCUGAUGCUUUUAAAGCUAGCAUUAUGGAAGAUGGAAAAAAUAUUGCUACUAUUAAUAAUCAAAGCCAGGAGAGACCAGCAUAAGUUACAAUAUAUUUUACGUUAAGAUAUUUCUUCAUUAAUUAUUUCAACAUUGUAUUUUUCAUUUUUUAAAUAACUUAUUAUUCAAUAAGUAUUUCAUGUACUUUUAUGUAUGUAUUUUGGAAUUAUUAAAUUUCUUUAAACUUAA